GCCCUCCCGCUGCGAAUCUCCUGUCGGCCCCGACCGCCCCCCGACCGCCCCUCGGGGUGGUCGAGGGUGCUUCGGGCGGGCGGUGGAAGGCCCGGCUGGCCCUCGCGCAACCACCCGCGCCUGAGAGCCGAAGCAGAGUAGGCCGCUUCUGUGCAGGCGCCCGCGCAGCUAAGGAUCGAUGGCAGCCAGCGGCCUCGGCCAGUUAUUGCCAAGCCCUGAAGCUUGCCGCCCGCUUUGCUAGUAUCUGUGUUCGUUCUGCUACCUGGCUGCGGACCAAAUUUAAGAACUCCCGCCUGUGUUUGUGCGGCGAUUUUGUGUUUUGUGUGAGCGCAUCGUCGUGGUUUGGAUCGUUUAGCUUCGUCGAGAACUCUGAUUUGUAUCGUGGCGCGAAAAAGUUUGGAUCUCCUCCUUGCAGAACAGUCUGCGCCUUCCGCUAACUCUCUUUGAGGUGGCUAACUUCGUGCACUACGCACCGAUUACAAAAUGGCCAAGACCGGCAGCAACAAAAAGGGCGCCGCCACUUCCGUGAAGGAAGUGUUCGAGCCGUCCUCCCUCGCGGACCUGAAGAAUGUCCUCAACCGCAUUCGCUUGGAGGACGACAAGGAAAUCAAGCCCUUCCAGGACCUGCUGCAGAAGGCCUCCGAGGAGUAUGUGAUGGCGCCGACGAAGUUGAAGAAGGAAAUUCCCAGCAACUUGAAAUGUAUUUUUUUAAUUUUUCCGCAUGACGAGCAUGACCUGCGGACCCUCGGGCCUACCUUCUGGCAUUCUGCAUGACAAAUUCGACAUCUUCCCACCCCCUUCAAUACCAUCUUCAAUGCAUGACAGAUUACGACGAACUGGCGAUGGAGCAACACAAACCGACCUUCAUCGAUUUGCUCGCGGGCAGCGGAAUGGUGGAGUCGAAGGAGGCGGCGAGAAUUUACAUCGAAAGAAAGGGCCAGGCGAAGCUGGUGGACCGCAUGAAGCUGAAACGGUGCCACCCCAUCGAAGACAAGCGCGUUCCGGCGGUGUGCAAGUUUCUCCGCGACCGCCUCCCCAUGGGGGCGGCGAAACGGGAAAAAGAGGAGCGCGCCCCGGUAUUGAUGAGGCUUACUAUUUUUCCUGCAUUUGUCAUGCGAAAAUCGCAGCACUUAGAACGUCUGCCAUGCAUAAAACAAUCUUAAGUGCUUCUACAUGCUUGUGUCUAGAUUUUCCCCGUACAACUCCCAGACCCCGCAGUUGAAGCGCUUUUGCUCCCGGACGGGGGGAGGCAGCAGCUCUUCGUCCGCGGCCGCCCCACUGGAAGAUAAGCACCAGGAUGAGCAGGAAAUGGAGGACAUGAUGCAGGAGUCGCUGAGCGAGGAAGACUCUUGGGAAAAAGAGAACAAUGUCGGGGGCAAGGAUGAGGAGGAGAAUGGCGGCGACUUCUCGGACGAUGAUGCCGAGAACGAGAAGUAGAGGUCUAGACGAAACAGGACUCCUCUACUUCAGCCGUAGAGGAGGCGCAACGAGAAACUUGACAACAGCACGCAUCACAAAUUUGGUUUCGUAGAUAAAUAUUUUGAGCAAUACAAACAACAACUUCAUACAUUCGUGAUUUUUUCAAACUGUCUGUGGCACACAUCGGGUGUCAGCUCUGAGGAAAACAGUAAUGUGCACCAGACCGAUCACAGUUGACGGAAUCGCAUCCGGGCAAAGAUUCCGCGUUGCCAAAAACUUAUCAAGCCGGGAAAAUGUCAAUGUCUUUUGAACUGGAAAAAAUAAGCUGUUGCCCUUCAGUUGGUUCGAAAAGAAAUGCUUGCGCCCUAUACGGCUUCUUGACGCGGGGGCAGCGCGUUCAGAGUGUUAGGACGGGGGGCAGAGCACGGGAGGGGCACUGUUUCACCCGGAAACGGCGCCGGUGGGCAU